UACAAAGCGACGUGAAUAAAGACGACGACGUUUUUGACUGUCAGUGAAAAUAUCAGAAAACAUGCAUUACAAAUCACUAUUAUGUUGAAUUACGAAGUCAGUAUACAUCUUCUGAGAUUUUUCAAAAACAACAUCACCAGGCUCAUCUCUUUUUCAAAAGGCACAACUUUUUUCACGCACUGACCCGAAAUUUCUUUGCAGUCAAAAAUUUUUUUGUGCAAAACGAGCUAUUUUUUUCUGCCGUUUGGAUUUCUUUGUGUUUUUUUUUCCAAUUUUCACAAAAGACCGAAACAAUACACAAAUUGCCCUUUUUCACCGCCGCGACCUUUCCCGCGCCGCGUUUGUUUCCGGAACAUUUAGAACUUUUUGGACCUUCCAGAGGACACGGCAAGAAUUUGGAGGUCCGCGUUUUGUUUUCGGCGGUUUUUGUAUGUGAGUGCACAACAACUCCACCAGCAUCUUCCCACCCUUGCAGAGUAUUUAAGAAAAGCAGGUUCUUUUCCUUGACCUGUGCUACUGCUUUGCAUGUUGACAUGCGGUAGUAAGUAUCAUCACCCAUUUUCAGAAGAAUUGUGAUGCAGAAUGCACUACGACUACAAUUCAAGUGAGGGCCUGGGGGGAGGGGUGCACUCUCAUAGUUCCAAAUUGGACGCGAAAGAUAAUCUUCUUCACCGCCACGGAGCAGGCCACAACCUUUGUUUACAAUUUUUGUAGUACAACGACAAGAAUUAUCUUCGGGGGUCUACUGCCUUCUUCAUCUUCUUUGGGGCGGCGAUAAGUACUUCCUAUAAAAAUUCGGGCGGCGGGGCGUUUUUUUUUUCGAGACUUGCGUUCUUUUUCGACGCCGAUUGUGGAGGGUGUUUCGUUUUUUUCUGGCGCUUUGUUCGACGCGAGGGGCAACAAAACCGAAGGAUAGUAAAUAAGUACCCCUGCUAGCGACUAUCAACUGCAAAAGAGAUGAUACCGUUCUGGGUGGUCCUGAUGCCAUGGUUCCGUAAUGCAUGUUGACGAGUUGUAGUCAUGGCUGUAUUUAUGCGUCGUGCGUUAAGCUUCACAGCAAGAGUAGAGAAAACCUUACUGUUACUAGUACUACUUAAUCCUCUUGAUGCAAAAAUACAGAUCUUCUUUUCCACAACUUAGCGUCCGCAGCUCUUGAAUCACACAACUCUACUCUUGCAUGUUCACAAGCAUCCAAACCCAGAUCGGCGGAUUUCCAAUGCAUAGCGACAAUGAGCCGCGCCUACAUCGGAAUCGUGAAAAGCUACAAUGCCGGUACACAACUACGAGAUUGCUAUUAAUACGACACUAAUUUAGCCCACAACAGCUUGCUGAUCUCCCAAUGCUACUGCCGAUGUGCUUUUUCUUUUCAAUCCUGAGGAAAAAAAAUUGCAAAAAAAAAACACGAAGGUAACGGCUACGGCUUCAUUGACUGUCCCGACACUUUAUCCAAUGGAAAAAGGACAACAAAACUCCCGUGGCUCAGCUCAGAGAACAAUUUUGUGUAAUGCAGCUGGAUUAUUUUUUGCCUCUUGUUUUUUGCCUUGUCACCGUCGCAUUAAAGAAAAAAUUAAAGUCUUGAGUGGUAUCAUGGGUCGUGUUUGGGUUUUUACUUGUUUUCCAAGUGAUACAUUUACCAAGAGUACCACCGCGAUGUUUUUCUUCACCGAAUGGAGUUCGAAGCCGCUAAGUGCGAGGUCGGGAUAUCCUGUGUAAAUCGAAGAUCGAUGUGCACUAGAUCAAAUUUUUCUUUCUACCACACAACCUCCAGAUGCCCUUCCAGCUCGGCUUCAGCAUGCUUGAUGUUGGCAUGCAAACUUGUAUUCUUUCUUCGCACGUCGACCUCACAAGAGGCGAUGGUUUAUUUUCGAUGUUCUUGAAUUAAUUCCUUUUUCCGAUGAUUAUAUCGAUAGCGAUAUUAUCUCGAUGGGCACGUACUGUGGAGUGGUUGGAUACUUCUGGGAUUUAGGCAUGAGUGCGCUUGUUAUUGUUUUGCACUGGAUACGCGAACGAGGUUCGGUUUGAGGUGCAGACGUCGGAUCGUGGGCAGCCGCGUGCCGUCAAUUAUGCAAUGCAAAAGUAUCGUACUCGUACUAGUUGCAUUUCUGCAUUACAAAUCUUUUUCUUAAGGCAAAUCCGCAUUGGAAGUUUAACUUGGAAAAAUGCUGGCCUAAUUUGUAAUGCAAUUUAUAGUACUAGUACGAUACUUUUGCACUGCAUAUCAAUGUGAGCAAGGUGAUUCCGCACGGAGGCGGGGGCGGCAACGUCGGGAGAAAUUUCGGCGGCAACGUAUCAAAUGCAAAUAUGUCUGGGUGUGGAAAGUUGCAACUCGUGAUGCUGUCUUUGGAAGGUAAAAAAAAUCUGUAUUGUCUGACCAGCAAGAGAAGUUCACUUUGUGCUACGCGGAGUGGGCGUUUCUCAUGCGGAAUACGCAUCAGAAGGCUCUCUAAAAAUCUUUGAUGCUGGGUCAUGCAUUACAGGCAUCAUGGGUUUAUGCAAAAUAUGCAUGACAAAGACAAACCUGGCAAUCUCCCAGACCCAGACCCAGACACUUUUGCACUUGAUACAACGGUCACGUGAGUAACCCGCCGGUGACCUACACGACCGGCGGAAUAUGCAAAAAAGAUAAACUGUGACUGUGUAAUUGUGUUAGCUGCGUUUAGUUGCACUUGCAUUUCGAUUUCCAUUUGCAUAGCAUAAGUAUGGAGCAAAACUACAACUAGAGCUUGGCUUGCCGAACGGCACCCGUAUCAUAGCCGCAAGUUCGUCAUACGUAUGUUGUCGCGUCGUCUCCUAGCAACGCAUGACAGGUUGUUUUCUCUGUCAUGCAGAACAAAUUCAUUAUUAAUCGUGACGCAGCCUCAUCCACGAACGGUUGUACACUGACACAGUUUUUUUUUUUGGAUACGGAAAAGGCGGAAACUACAGAGGAGGGAAAAACAAUAAUUCCUACGCAUCGAACAACCACUCGGUGCAUUCCCAGUACACUGUAUCCAAGUUGUGUGAAAAACUGUUCUAGUGUAAGUGUCUGUAAUUUUGCGAACCACAUGCAAGAACAAAUGCAGCCAGUGAAAAUUGUCAUGCCGGACCACCAAUACGCUUUAUACUAAUAUCCUCUUUUUAUAUGGAUGUUUGUUGUGUUGUUUUGGUCUGCACUAAAAAUACGAGCGACGCACGACAGCAAUUAAAGGUCAUGAUCCCUGUCGCGACGCACCGCUGCACAUAAUUUGGCAUGUUGUCCGUACUAGUCCAAGAAGCCAUAACACUAAAACGCCGCUUUUAUUUUCCUCCUGCAUACGUCACCCCAAGCAACUCUCCCAACCUCCAGCCCCAAGCGCAUUUCCCCGCGCACCACAGCGGUUACCUCCACGCGCCGCAGAACAAUGCCAGGAUACAGCCGCCGCAGAACAAACGAUCGCACGCGCAAACGGCGAUAGAGGGCAAGUUGUUUGGACAAAUUCGAACCUUCAACCAGGAGAAAGGCUUCGGCUUCGUGCAGAGCGAUGACGUACUUACCUACUUACCUGUUUAUUUUGCGGCGAUAGAUUAUUGGUGCCUUUUAUCAUGCGUAAAAAAUAUAGAUGGUUCAACUUCAACAUCGUAGUAUCUUUUUUUUUAUGCAAGAACCUUUGGUACAACCAGCUUUUCAUACUCAAAAAUUCGUUUGGAUUACUUUGAGGGAAAAAUGCUAAAAUCAACAGGCCGGCCGCAUGUAUAACUCCUCCGACGUGUUCCUUCACUACACACAAGCGCUCAACUUCCGGGUGGGCGACUUCGUUUACUUUGACUUCGUGCUGUCAGAACAGGGGAAACCGCAGGCGCGGGGACUGAUAAAAGCGGAGGAUAUGUUCCCACAAAACGGACAUGGAGGGUAUAAUUACUUUUUAUACUUGUAUGUAUAGUUGACAUAGAUUGUACUUGUGAGGUUGCUUCAAAAUGUAGAAGAUCUAGAUGUAGUAUACAGUCCUCGGUCGGAUCAUUCACAUUCCCACUGCAUUUCAGACCUGUUUAUUUUCCGUUUAUACUUUUACCCAUAAAAAUUCAACUACUGCAGGUACCCGACCACUACGGUGAUUCCCGCGGCGGUGGGCCAAGCACGAUACCAGCAGCACGGCGGCGGGUUAUCAACUGCAAAACUGUCUGGGUCUGGAAGAGUCGGGGCUCGUCAUGCACAUUUUGCAUGACCCGUGAGGUCUGUGAUGCUGGUGCUAGCAUCACAGAUUUUUUGAGAGGUUGUUGAUGCUAAUCACGCAUCACAAAUGCCCUCUCCGCGUGCCAAGAGCUGACUCCUCUUACUGCUCAUGCAACACAGAUAUUUCUAGAAUCCGCAGACAGCAUUACAAGUUCCACUCUUCCAGACCCAGACAUGUUUGCAAUCCAUACGGGUCGCACUUCCACCAGUCUCAGCAAGGCACGAACAACAGUGCGGACAAGUUUAACAUUAACAAGGAGUACACGGGCGUCGUGAAGAGUUACAACAUAUCAAAAGGAAAAAUCCUCCCUCCCCAUAUCGAAAUGGAAAUCUGUGAUGCAGGAUUUGUGUACACAAAUCGGAUUUGUCUUGCGGUGGAGGACUGCAUACAGAUGGGUGUAGGUGCUCAGCCCGGAAAGGGGUGGCUUGGUGUAGGUCCUUAGCAUGGCAGACGUCUGCCCUAGUAGCGUAGCAGCAUUACAAAUCGCCUCCGAAAUGCAGCGGACGCCCUGGCUUGGCUCUCUUGCAAGACGGACUCGAUUUGUUGCCACAAAUCAGCAUCACAAAUGUUGAAGAGCACGCCUUUUCAAUAUGGGGAGGGGGGAUUUUUCCUCACAAUACAACACGGACAAGGGGUACGGUUUCGUGGACUGCAGCGACGUGAAAUCGCACUUCCAGCGCGACACCUUUUUGAAUAAGCAGGAAGUGGAGAAUCACGGAUUGAAAGUGGGAGACGAGGUGACCUUCACGGUCCGCCUCUGCCCAAAGACAAACAACCCACAGGCGGUCAUACUCGGUACUAUUUUUAUCCCGAUUCAUCAGAUGAUAGAGUUCGUGUUUUCAUGUUGCACUCUUCAAGUAGAAACUUAGUUCCUCCUGAUGAACAGGUUCAGAAACUCCAUGAAAAAGUCACGUAAAGUUAAUAAACUCAAAUCUCUGAUGAAGGUAAAACCGCGGAGCUGGUAGCCCAAGCCGAGAGCAAGCUCCAGACAGUGUCGCCGGGGCCGCACACAGGGCUGAUCAAGAGCUUCAACGAGAGCAAGUAUGACCCGCUCAAACGUUACAAUCUCAAACGUUACAAUAGAGUCUGGAAUUUGUCUUGCAUGAUGAGCAUGACAGAAUCGCAGAGCGUUCCACUUUCUGCAACACAAAUUUCUCCAGAUUCUAGUGCGGUUUGGGGCUCCGAAACUUGUCAUGCGCAAUCCUGUGAGAGUUGGAUAGAUCAUGCACUCGCGCAUCACAGAUUUCCAUAUUCUAUUGUAACGUUUGAGAUUGUAACAGCUGAGCAGGGUAUAGCAAGGGCUUCGGGUUUCUGCAGUGCCCUGACCUGUUUGACCACUUUGGGUGCGACGUAUGCAUUUUGUAAAAGCAAAUCGUACUACUACUAGUAGUAUAAAUCGCAUGACAAAUAAUGCCUUCAAUAUGAGAAACGGAAUUUGUAAUGCAGAUUUAGCCUAAGAAGGAUAUUUCUGAAUGCAUGACUGCAAUUAGAAGUACGACUACAACGAGUUGUACGGUACUUUUGCAAUAUGCAUACGAUGUAUUUCUCCACAAAAACGAAUUGAUCAAGCUGUGCAAAUAUCAAAUGCAAAUAUGUCUGGGCCUGGAAGAAUGCGCGAUUUGUCAUGCAGCUUUUCCAUGACCCAUGAGAUCUGGAAUGCAGGACCUAGCAUGGCAGACUCUGUGCGAUCUCUCUCAUGCCUAUCCUGCAUGAGAAACUCCCUCCCGACUUGGGAAAAACUGGACGACUUUUGGUAAUCAUGCAACACAGAUUUUUGCAUGCUUCAGAUUUAGCAUGACAAGUUGCAUUCUUCCAGACCCAGACAUUUUUACAUUUGAUAGCAAAUACCUCGACAUUGCGGACACGCCCAUGGACCAGAAUCUCCCCUCGCUGGUCGGUAUGAACUGCAAAAGGAUCGUACUCAUAUUGCAAUCAUGCAUUACAAUUUUUUUUUCUGAAGCUAAAUCCGCAUUACAAAUUUUAUUUCUCAUGCUGAGGAGAUUUGUAAUGCAUUUAUACGAGUGCGAUACUUUUGCAAUGCAUAGUCGGAAAACAGGUACAAUUCAUGAUCGUCCUGAACCAGCGGGGCAAGCCGCAAGCGAACGACUUAUCCUGUGCAAAAGUAUCGUACUCGUGCUAAUCGCGUUCAUGCAUUACAAAUUUCUUUCUCAAGUGAAAUCCGCAUUACAAAUUUUAUUUUUCAUGCUGAGGAGAUUUUUCAUGCGAUUUGUACUAGUGCGAUGCUUUUGCAUUUCAUACGACUUGGUCCUACUCGACGAUCUGGAGCAGGGCAAGACGAAGCCUAGAAACGCCAAGUUCGAGGACGUCGAGCCGCAACACGCCAGCAACGUAGACGAGGGACUGGAAUCGGGCGGGAAUAUCGUUUUUGGCGACCUCGGGGACGACCAGCAGUACGAGCCGCAAGCCAAGCGGGUGCGCGUCGGGUGAAGGAGGAUUGGUACUAGGGUAGACGUGAAGCUGCAGCUGAUGAAAGGAUCUCAUCUGGUUGUUAAGCUUUUGCGCAAGUUACAGGUUUGGAAGAAUAAAAGUGACCCAGUUAAAAUUUUUAUCGCCACAAGCUCCAGCGAGCAAGCAAGGUUAUGCCACAAGCUGGAAAGUGGUCUCAGCGUCAGCACACCAAUCAAGCAAAAUGUUUGUUAUACGAAUCUGAUUCGAAGAACGAAACAGAGUUGUUUUAGUUAGACGACAAGGGAGGUCUAUAAUUUUUAGCGAGCAGCGACAGAAAGAGAAACAGUUCAAGUUUUGUAUUCGACAAGUUGUAUUCGACAAGUUGCGAUUCGUGCACCAGGGAUGAGUAAGUACGCGCAGUAAGACCAGCAGGCAUUAAUAUGACGAGGGUAAUUCUAAUAUUACCGAAGGGGCACCAUCAAAGUUGAUAGUACGGCUACAACGGUGCAAGAGUUUAUGAAUUUCUGCGACAGUAUUUAUCUUGCAACAGUCAUUUCGAGCGGACUGAAAUAGUAGUCAGCCAGUCAGUAAUAUCCACAUUAAACCACUGUCACAACUCUGACAAGAACAGGACAAGAAUAGUAACGACCGACGACCGUAUUUUUCAUUUUUUCAGUAUAAGAUCUGCCGAGCUAAAGCGCUUCCUCCUCGUGCUACAUUAAAAGUGGAAAUUCAAAUUCCACCAUCGACUGUACUGUCAAACUAUCGCCGGCUGUUAUGGCUCCGAAAAAAGAAA